AUGUUGGUGACCUGGAGGCAACUGAUUGUGCUUCUCGUUCUGGCGAUUGUGAUCUGGUCCGCGCUGGCUUGUCUGAUGAGCUAUCCAGUGAUGAGUAUCGCAUUCUUAUGGUACCGUAACGAGGGUGCCACUCGUUUGCGACUGGCCUCGCUUGAUUUACCCGGUAUGAUCAGACAGACAAGAGCCAUACCAUUUGAUCCGACCAUGUCUGCACACUCGCAAGUUGUCCGAUCGGUGAAUUCGGCACAUCGUUUUCUGAAACAGUCUCCACAAAUACAACUACAACAGCCCGGAGAUCCAGUGGAUUAUCAACUUCCGGGUGAACCCCCGGACACUUCAUCCAUCUACGGCGAGAAUACACCCGAAGGGAUUAACAACUGGUCUAAGGUUGCGGCUGAUGCGGACGACCUGCAGGAUAUCACACGUGAACACCAUCCGGAUAAUUAUGAUCCAACACGGGCCGGACAAGCAUUAGCAGACCGGGUGGAUACUGUGGUCGACCAGAGUCAGGCUCGGGGAACAGAAGUUGGAAGAAAUGCAACGGAUCUGUUUCGCUCAUCCGCGGAUGAAUUCAAAGAUAGCGUUACGACACAGGCAAAAGAUUAUGGGCAACGUCUGAUAAACAAAGCUUUGAGUGCCAGUGAAUCAAUUGCGAUGUUUUUCAAAUGUAGCGCCGACUCCAUCGAUCUUUCCUAUUACGGCUUAUACGAUGCUCAGGGACUACCAAUCUACGUUGCUCGGAAUAAUCUGGAAGCGCGAACACAAAACAUUCUCAUCUGCGUUUGCAUAGGGAUAUCUGGUAUAUUUCUUCUCAUUCUGGGCUAUUUGCAAAUUGUCAUCUGCACGGCGAUGAACUAUGCUCGGAUGCAAGAAACGCGUUAUUACGAGGCCUCGUCUGAGGUAGGUGAAGAAGGUGUUGCGUUGCAACAAUAG